AUGCACUCAACAGCCCGUCACAUUGCGAAGCGGAUUGCAACCCACCCCGAGACCAAGUCCUUUGCAAAGUCUAUUCAAAGAAACAUGGCGUCCGGCACUCCCUCCGAAACGGCAAAGGUCCAGGCUACCGCUGAUGCCAGCGCGCCCACGUUUGAGUCCGUCGGCAUUAAGAACAGCGAUAUUGUCCAAAAGUCCGGGGUAUCACUGUCCCAGCAGCAGAAAGUCCUGGUCGGCAGCGUGCUAGAUCUUUUUGAGGGGAAUCCUACCCUGAAGCACCUAUCCUUGUGGUCCAAGACGGCUACGUUCCAGGACAACAUCACAGUCGCAGAGGGGUACGACAAGUUCGCCGCCCAGUGGUACGGUCUUCCGGCGCUGUUUAACCCCAUUAAGAUCCAGUCGCACACCGUCACGUCGGCGGGUAACCCCAUCGAGCUGGAGUUGAAGAACAGCUACACGGUCAAGGGAAUCAAGACCGAGCAGACCAUGGAGAGUGUCGUGCAGAUUCAGGUCGGCGACGAUGGCAAGAUCGUCAAGGUCAACGACAAGUGGAACAAUGAUCUUCCCGAGGGAGCAUUCUCCCAGGUACGCAACGCUUUCAAUGUCUCUGUUUCCAGUGCCGCCAAGACCCUGCUGGGGCUCCUUGGCCAGGCAAGCUUUGCCGUCUUUUGCCGCGUCUCGUUGUGGCGGCCCUUUUGGGCUUUGCGCAAGCUCAAUGCUGUUACUGUACCGGCAUUUGUCAAGGUUCCCAAGACGGAGGAAGAGGACCAGAAACUGAAGGCUGAGCGAGAGAAGCAAUGA